AGUGGGUGUGUUUACAGCAAAUAAUUUAAUGAUAAUACAGGGACUUUCAAAUUGAUAAUUCCUGUUGUUUCUAUCACCUUCUCUUCUUGCUGGUGAUACAUGACUCACUAAAGAAUGGGCAAGGAGAAGAAGCACAAAGAGUAUAAGCCUGACAAACGUGAAAAAUAUGAAGAGCUGCCCGUGUCGCGGCCGGCCGGUCUGAAGCUGGUGCUGAAGGUAGGCGGGUCGCCGGUGCCGGAGAGCAGCGAGGCACGCGCAGAGACGCCGCCGGCACAGGCCGUGGCGCCGCUCCGACUCAACAUGGCCGCCAUCAGCGAGGCCGAGACGCACCACAAGGAGCGGAAACACAAGAAAAAGAAGAAGAAGGAGAAGGAGAAACAUAAACACAAGAAGGAGCGGCGGCUGCUGGAGGGCGCCGACCCCGACCACGAGAUGUCUCCGGGUCCGGAGACGGGCCGCGACUCGCGGCAGAGCUCCGGCACCGAGGAGGCGCCCAGCCAGGGCACGGCCUCCUCGCCGGAGCGGUGUCGCACGGUGAGCCCGCCGCCGGAGCCGGCCGCAGCCGGAGGGGCCGAGGACGCGUCACCGGAGGGGCCGCCGCUGCGCCGCUUCCUGGAGCACCUGCUGCGCGGUCUGCAGGAGAAGGACACGCGCGGCUUCUUCAGUGUGCCGGUGACGGACGACGUGGCGCCCGGCUACAGCAGCAUCAUCGACACGCCGAUGGACUUCAGCACCAUCGCGCAGAAGGUCCGCGACGGACUCUACCCCGGACUGGCCGCCUUCAAGGAGGAUUUUCGUCUGAUGUGCUGUAACGCCAUGACGUACAACCGCAUGGACACCAUCUACUACCGAACGGCCAAGCGACUGCUGCACAUCGGCUCCAAGAUGAUGUCUUCAGACAAGGUGAUUGCGCUACGCUCGGUGCUGCCCUACAUGGCCUCUUUGUCGCCCGAGGUGCUCGGCGUCGACGCUUCCGAUCUCAUGGACCAGGACGAACAGCAGGCGCAACAGCAGGCACAGCAGCAGGCGCAACAGCAGGCACAGCAGCAGGCGCAGGCGCAAAUGAAACAGCCCAAAGAGGAGCCCAAACAGGAGCCGGAGCCGCAACCGGAACCGGAACCGGAGCCACAGCCAGCGGAGCCACAGCCAGCGGAGCCAAAGCCAGCGGAGCCGCAACAGACGGAGCCACAGUCGGUAGAACCACAGGCGGUGGAACCACAGGCGGUAGAAACACAGGCGGUGGAACCACAGGCAGUAGAACCACAGCGUACAGAGCCGCCGGCUGCCGAACCACAGCCGGUAGAGUCUCAGGCUGUGGAGAAAAUGGAGGUAGACGCACCGCCUCAGCCAGCCGAACCAACUGUGGCGACGGAGAAGCCGGCGGAGGUGGCCGACGUUAAGCCCGAACCACCCGCGGUGCCCGCGCCAGAACCGAUGGUCGUUGACGUUCCCUCAUCGUCUUCGGCAGCGGUGGGGGCAUCUUCGUCACGUCAGACGCGGCGGCAGACGCGCGGCUCAGUUGUCGACCCGACGUCGGAGACUACCGACGUGCGGUCCUCUCGACUGGGCGCAGCGUCCGCCACCGGCGUCGGAGAGCGAACAGAGACCGAGCCAGAGACCCCGCGUCAGACUCGGCAAACCCGGCCACAGGCCGAGCCGAAACCAGAACCAACAGAGGGACGUCAGACUCGCCAGGCGCGCGCUGCUGAGACUCCGACGCGACCGGCCAGCGUCCGGCAGGCGGAGCCAGAGGGUGGCCAGGCGCCACCUGCGCGCUCUGCCACACCGGCUGAGUCUGUUCCGGAGCCGGAGGUCCGGCUGACCCGCAGCAGUGUGCCGGAGCCGGAGAGGCCGGCGGAGAGCCCUCAGCAGGACGUGGUACCGGAGGAACAGGAGGACGAGGAGUCGAUGGAUGUUUCAGAGCCGACCGAGCCGGCAGUCAGCACUUUGAUUAUGAAACAGCCUCAUCUAGUGCUAGAAAAGAUCGAUGCUGAAUCGAGUAUGAAGACGCGAAGAGCCUCAGUCCGACUGACCAGGUCAGAGUCGUCCGAGGCGCCGUCGGCCGCCCCGUCCACGUCCAGGGCGGAGCAGUCCCAGCAGGAGGCGAGACCAAAGAGGGCGGCGACAGACGCAGCCACACCCCAGGCCGCCCCGAAACCCGCCGCCAGUGGAAAGCUGGGUUUUCUGCGGCAGCGCUCUGACGGCACCACGUCCCUGGCGAUCGUGGCCGGCGGCGGCGAGCGGGCCGGCCCGGUGGCCACCGUGGGGUCGCUGACGGGCCGCCUCCAGCAGGGGGUGCCCCAUCUGCCCACCUUCCGGGAUGACAAGCGCAACCAGGCCAAGCCAGUGAAGCCGCUCUAUUACGGCGCGUACAGCUCGUUUGCGCCCAGCUACGACUCGACGUUCGCCACCGUCAGCUACUCCGAGUCGGAGCUUCUGUUUGAGACGCUGGCCGGCUCACCGACGGGACAGCAGCUGGCGCACAGCGUGCGUCAGGCGGCCGACGACUGCGACAUCGCCAUCGACCUGGUGGACAGCGUGUUGGACGCGCUUACGGACGGCCAGCACCGUCGUCUGGAGCAGCGGCGGAGACUGGUGGACCAGGCGCUGGCCGGCGCGGCCGCCACCGCCGCCGCCGCCCCGGCGCCGGCGCCGGCCCCUCCGUCUCCCGCGCCCGCGCCAGCGGCCGACGCGCCGGUGGACUUUGCCGCGCUGAGGUCGCUCGGAGAGCUCGGCAUCGACGUGGGCUUCGUGGACGGUCUGGAGGAGGAGGAGCGGCGACACCGCGACACGGAGCUCCGGCUGGGCCAGACGGCAGAGCUGCUGAGCUCGCUGAACGCGGCCCAGCAGCGGCGGCUCAGCCUGCCCCCGGACGCCGGCCUGCCGCCGCCAUCGCAGCAGGAACUGCAGCUCGCGGACGAGGUGUCGGCCGGUCUGGCCGAACUGGUCAAACACGUCCCGCCCGGUGAGGUGGCGCCACAGGCGGCCGUCCGCAAAGCCAUGGGCGUCGGACUCCUGCCGGCCGGACAGGCCCCUGUCCGACCGGCCGCGGCGCCCGUCCGUACGCCUGCGACGGCCACCUCGACUCCGGCGCACCCGUCACUACGAACUCUGCUGGCGCGCGUCUGAGCGAACCGAGACAGGUCAGAGGAUCGAGGUCGUGACCUAGGUAUCGAGGAGGUUAUGACCUAUGGUGGUCAUCCUGACCUGUGGUGCAGACUCAGGUCAGCCGGUCGGCGAUUUCGUCCGUCCGCGUCCGGCUCGGGUCGGGAUAAUAACAGCGGCAGGAGGCUUUUAUUGGCCUGAAGGGACUGUCUGACCGACUCACGCCAAGUCGCUGCCGUUCUGCCGCUAGCCGAGCUGCCACUAGACUCGCCGUCGCGUUGGUGUCCCGACUGGGGCUAGCCCUGUCCGUCGUAUUGGCGUGGGUGUGUGACUCCCUGUCUGUCCCCCGCACUAUUCCACUGCACUGCCAUGGUGGGGUGUUCGCGGACCCGUACGGCGCCCGGCCAGCCCCGCUACGAUUUCGAUAUAUCGGUAGAUGCUACCGGCCCGGGCGGAUUUCAUAUGCGUUUUACCGGUAGGACAGGAGUUUUCUGUGCCGGGUGCUGUCCAGCCGAAAUAGGUUGUCGCCCAUCGAGGGAAUUCAUCAUUCAUGACGCUAUUUUUCGACAUAACUCGUGUGGCGGAUUUCUCUCUGUCCCAGGCUGCUCAAUUUAUCUUAACAAAAUGAUAAGACGUUGUAAUUUCCUAAAUAUCCCAUGGGAUAGCUUGAAGACGUAACUGUUCACCUAGUGCUAUUCUUAUAUUGUUUUGUGUCAUUUGCGUAAACCUUGUGUUAGGCAUUCAAAUGAUUUUAGCUUCUCGUCCCAAAUCGCAUUUCACACAUGGCCUUUUCAUCAUCAUCUCAUAGCAGGAAAUAGGCUUAUUAUGGCCCGUUUAUUGCUGUUUUUUAUGUUAUGUUCGUGUAUAUUUCUGCGAAAUGAAAAUUUUCGCUUGUGUUUUCACAGUUGGCUUGAAAGGGAUGGCAAUAAACGCUCUUGCAACAA